AUGGGCAUGGACUGGCGGUUGGGUGCGGAUUUCAUGGAGAGCAUGUUGAUAGAUUACGAUCCCUGCUCAAACUGGGGUAACUGGCAUGCACUUGCUGGAUUGAAUGGAGGUACAAUACAUAGGUUCAAUGUGUUGAAGCAAGCGAAAACAUACGAUCCGGAUGGCCGCUAUGUCCAACACUGGAUCCCGGAACUGAGCCAACUGCCUGGCAAAAGCUGUAUCGAGCCGUAUAAGGCUGGUUUAUCAGAUCUGCGAGAAGCGGGUGUGGUUUUAGGUGAGACAUACCCGCGACCAAUCAAGACCCAUCCUUGGGGUCCCAAAUAUGGCGUGAGCCAUGUCACCAGUGGGAAAUCAAACGGCCGCAAAACAAGCGGAGUGCGUAACAGAGAUAGAAAAGAUAGCAAUAGGAGAAAGCAGAGGAGCAUCGACAGUUACUUCUCGACCAGCAUUGGCAAUAAAGAGUGA